UCUCCUCCCCCAGUGCAAGGGCGCAGGCGCGGGGUGCGGCGGGUGAAGAUGGCGGCGGCGGCGGCGGCGGCGGCAGCUGAGCAGCAAAGUUUCAAUGGGCCCGUGAAGAAGUCCAUGCGUGAGAAGGCUGUGGAGCGAAGGAACGUUAAUAAAGAGCAUAAUAGUAACUUUAAAGCUGGAUACAUUCCUAUCGAUGAGGAUCGUCUCCAUAAGACUGGACUGAGAGGCAGAAAGGGCAAUUUAGCCAUCUGUGUGAUUAUCCUCCUGUUCAUCCUUGCCGUCAUCAAUUUACUUAUAACUCUUGUCAUCUGGGCUGUGAUUCGAAUUGGACCAAAUGGCUGUGACAGCAUGGAGUUUCAUGAAAGCGGUCUACUUCGCUUUAAGCAGGUGUCUGACAUGGGAGUGAUCCAUCCUCUUUAUAAGAGCACAGUAGGAGGCAGGCGGAAUGAGAACUUGGUCAUCACUGGCAAUAACCAGCCGAUUGUUUUUCAGCAAGGGACAACAAAGCUCAGUGUAGAAAAGAACAAAACUUCUAUUACGAGUGACAUCGGUAUGCAGUUUUUCGACCCAAGAACACAAAAUAUCUUAUUCAGCACAGACUAUGAAGCUCAUGAGUUUCAUCUGCCAAGUGGAGUGAAAAGUUUGAAUGUUCAAAAAGCAUCAACUGAAAGGAUUACCAGUAAUGCAACCAGUGAUUUAAACAUAAAAGUUGAUGGGCGUGCUAUUGUGCGUGGAAAUGAAGGUGUAUUCAUUAUGGGCAAAACCAUCGAAUUUCACAUGGGUGGAAAUAUGGAGUUGAAGGCUGAAAACAGUAUCAUCCUCAAUGGAACUGUCAUGGUCAGCCCAACUCGUCUACCCAGUUCCUCCAGUGAGGACCAGUCUGGGAGUGGUGACUGGGUGCGCUACAAGCUCUGCAUGUGUGCUGAUGGGACUCUCUUCAAAGUACAAGUAACAGGCCACAACAUGGGCUGCCAGGUCUCAGACAACCCUUGUGGAAAUACUCAUUAGAAGACACCUAUAAGUCAAUAUGUUCUGAUCUCAACUUGACCUUUUCUUUUUUAAGAAUGCAUGUAAACCGUGUUUCUACAGUUUGCGAUAACUCACUGUAAUAUUUUAACUGGAGAGUACUACUGUAUUAUGUGCCCUCCAUAUUUAAGAUAUGUUUUAUUAAGAUGCACUGAUCUUCAAAGGACAGUACUAUUAUGAGGCAUUAAUAAAAUCAAAAUUAAUGUUUGAGGUGUUUUUAACAUCCUGCUAUCUCUUGCUGAAGCCACUGUGAAGACUCACUCUAGGUAAGCUUCUGGUCAUUUAUAAUGAGGAUAGACUCACUAAUAGAGAUGUUUUGAGGGUCCAGCAUCACUGUUUCAUGCUCUGUCUUUUGGCUUCUAAAAGGAAGCACACAGUUUUUUAGUGCAUUAACUGAAGCCAUGCUUUCACAUUCAACUCAUUAAAGAAUUUUUAUACAUGUGAGGUCAUGUGAAACUAUGGUUCCUUAGUUUUGCCCUAAAGAAAUACUCUGUCAUGCAAUGUUUACUUGAAAUUAUGACACAUAGUGUUUGCAAUGUGUAGACAUUAGAACACAAUCUCAGUUUUAACUUUUAAGUAAUAACAGUAGCUGUCCUUUAUCAAGCAUCUUGCCAGGUGUUGUCCUAGGCAUUGCACGCUUCAUUUCCUGAAUUCUUACUGCACCUCUACAAGUAUUAUUAUCCCAGCUUUACUCAUUAGGAAACUGAAGAUCAGAGAAGUUAAGAAACCUGCCUAACAUCACAUAGUAAAGAGUGGUCUUGGGAUUGGAAUUCAGGCUCAAUUCCAACCUUGAUGUACCUGAUUCCAAAUGCUGUGUUCUUUUUUACUAUCCGCACUGAACUUUCAGUUAUUUAAAACUCUAGAAAGAUGAAAAAGCCUAAUUCAGACUUACCUAGUAAGGUAGGAAUCAAACAAAAUAAGUGUGCUAUUCUAGUUCAAAGACAAAUCUGUUAGCAAAAAAGUGACCAAUCACUGUUAGAUUUUAAACUAUCUUGAGCUAGUUUAAGCUAAUUCUAUAGACAGGUCCACUUGAUCCCGUUGGCACACUGGAGCAUCUGAAUGGGUUACAGAAAGACCAGGGUAUUUUGCCCUUAGCCCUGGGCAGCUCAGUGUAAAGUGGGGAGGCCAUAGCCCUGACAGGCUCUGCUGCUCAGGAACAGCCUGAUUUGUUUUCUCCAGUGUCCCAUGCCCAUACCAAUAUCACCCUUUUAAAGUGUGCUAUGCCUAGAAUCUAAGUCAGUAUACACUGGACUAAAGGUGCCAAUGCAGGAGAUGAUGCAGCUAAAUAUAAAACUUUACCUCUGCUCCUCAUGUCACUGUCUCAUUGUGAUUAUUUACAGCCCUCAAGUCAGUUGAUUCUUAGCAUAUUUAAUACUUGAGUUGAAAGGAAUUCUCUGAUAAUUCUCUGAUAUUACUGAAAUACACAGGAUCAGGGGUAGAACUCAGCAUACAUGGCUGUAAAAUAGACAGUAAGCCAGUACCCUAGGCCCAGCCUGCACUAAAAGGCAACUGUAUUCCAUCAUGGUCAGUUAGAAUUGUAUGGAUGAGAAAAUCAAUGCACAAAACAAUUUGUACUCAAUAUUGCUGACUCUGUCUAAAGAAAAACUGAAUACCUCAGAGAUUGUGAACUCAGUAAGUCAGGUUGAACUAAGAAUUGACUUGUGACCUGACACUGAGUAGUUUUUUUAAAUGAAGAGAGACAGUGAGAUUUAUACCUCUGGAUAUAUUCAGUAUCACUUAAUACAUAACUGAUACUCAAAAAAGAACAUUUGAAUUCUCACUUCCAUGUUCAGUGUGUUUUUAAAUUGUACAUUUGUUACUUGUGUUUUCUAUUUAGAUUGUUUUGAGAGUUUCUCUAAAUAAAUAUUUUUACUAAAACCA